AUGGGCGCGAACGAUGAGGAGUUCCCCGACGAGCAAGACGAGCGCAUGAUCGCCGAGGAGUACAAGAUCUGGAAGAAGAACACCCCUUUUCUUUACGAUCUGGUGGUGACGCACGCGCUGGAAUGGCCGUCGCUCACCGUGCAGUGGCUCCCCAAGCGCGAGGAGCCCGCCGGCAAGGACUACAGCAUCCAGCAGCUCAUCCUCGGUACGCACACCUCCGAGAACGAGCAGAACUACCUCAUGCGCGCCGAGGUCCAGCUCCCGCUGGAGGACGCCGACGUCGACGCGCGCGGCGGCGACGACAAGGGCGAGGUGGGCGGCUUCGGCGCAUCCGCUGGGAAGGUCCAGGUCGUCCAGCUCAUCAACCACGACGGCGAGGUGAACCGAGCCAGGUACUGCCCCCAGAACGAGUUCGUCAUCGCGACCAAGACCAUCAGCGCCGACGUCUACGUGUUCGACUACAGCAAGCACCCGUCCAAGCCCCCGGCGGACGGCGGAUGCAACCCCGACAUCAGGCUCAAGGGCCACAAGACGGAAGGGUACGGACUCUCGUGGUCGCCCUUCGAGGCUGGCCACCUGCUGUCCGGCUCGGACGACGCGCAGAUCUGCCUCUGGGACGUGCAGGGCCCGCUGGGCAAGGGCGAGCGAACCGUGGACGCCAAGGCCAUCUACACCGGGCACCUGGGCGUCGUGGAGGACGUGGCGUGGCACUGCCAGCUCCCGCACAUGUUCGGAUCGGUCGGAGACGACAAAUCCUUAAAGCUCUGGGACACCCGCAAGGCGCCCGACGCCGCGUGUCUCAACAGCGUGGAGGCGCACCAGGCUGAGGUGAACUGCCUGGCGUUCAACCCGUUCAACGAGUACGUCCUCGCGACCGGCAGCGCGGACAAGACCGUCGCGCUCUUCGACCUGAGGAAGCUCGACAACCGGCUGCACACCUUCGCGUCGCACACCGAGGAGGUGUUCCAGAUUGGCUGGUCGCCCAAGCACGAGACGAUCCUCUCGUCGUGCGGCGCGGACCGCAGGCUCAUGGUGUGGGACCUGAGCCGCAUCGGGGACGAGCAGUCCCCGGAGGAUGCCGAGGACGGUCCCCCCGAGCUGCUCUUCAUCCACGGCGGGCACACGUCCAAGAUCAGCGACUUUGCCUACAACCCCAACGACGACUGGGUCGUGGCCUCCGUCGCCGAGGAUAACAUCCUGCAGAUCUGGCAGAUGGCGGAGAACAUCUACGCCGACGAGAGUUACUUAGAGGAGCAGGACAAGAAGGCGGAAGCCAAGAAGGCGUGA